AUGGAGAAGCUGGGCAUGAAGGAAAAGCAACUCCAGCCCAACCGAACCAUGUUCCAUGGCAUUGUCCCUAGGCUUUCCUACUCUCCAAUCGGCAAGGUCAAGAUUGAUACCUUGUUCGGCGACAAUACCCACUUUUGCCCCGAGUCAAUCUGGUUCAAGGUGGUUGACUUGGAUAGUGCCUACCACGCGCCCUUGGGCCGGCCAGCUUUCGCCAAAUUCAUGGUGGUUCCUCAUUACGCCUACCUAAUGAUGAAGAUGCCGGGUCCCAAGGGCAUCAUCACCAUUGCCGGCGACUACCAAAAGUCGCUCAGGUGUGCUGCCGCCAGCAGCCGGCUGGCCGAGUCCCUCGUCAUCGCCGAAGAGAAGCGUCUCCUUGACCGGGCUGUGGCCAUGGCCUGUGAGCUGCCAGCCAUGCCAUCUGACCCCAAGGACGCCGAGGCCGGGGCCUCCUUCUAG